AUUACGCCCCAGUGCUGCUCGCCGUCGCGCGUCCUCAAGAUCAUCAAGCCGGUUACGCCUUCCCCCUCCAAAUAAUCCACCAUGGGUCGCAUGCACGCUCCCGGCAAGGGCAUUUCUGGCUCUGCCCUUCCUUACCGCCGCGCUCCCCCGGCGUGGUUGAAGACGACCCCGGAGGACGUCGUCGACCACAUCACCAAACUCGCGCGCAAGGGCAUGACCCCCUCCCAGAUCGGUGUCACCCUCCGCGACGCGCACGGCAUCCCCCAGGUCCGCUUCGUCACGGGCAACAAGAUCCUCCGUAUCCUCAAGUCCCAAGGACUUGGCCCAUCCAUCCCUGAGGACCUCUGGUACCUCAUCAAAAAGGCGGUCGCCGUCCGCAAGCACCUGGAGACCAACCGCAAGGACAAGGACUCCAAGUUCCGCCUUAUCUUGAUCGAGUCGCGUAUCCACCGUCUUGCUCGCUACUACAAGACGAAGCAGCAGAUCCCGCCGACGUUCAAGUACGACUCGGCUACCGCGUCGACCCUCGUCGCGUAAGCCAGUCACUUGCAGGUGGUGGUUUGGAGGAUGUAGCGUCUAUGUCGUCUACCCAUGUAUCCUUGUACGUUCUGUUCUAUGCACCUAUGCAGCAUGCCCA